UUGAAGGCACCACGUAUCCCUCAAAGUUAGCUCGGGUUAGCAAUGCGGUUCGCCACCAAUAGGACGUCUCAGCAUCAGCAUCACCGAUUCUCAAUGACAGAAAGAACGUCGACACAGGUUCCUGUAUAAACCUGCAAGAAAAUUACUCUUUGACAGCAGAUAAAGAUGAGUCACUGCUCCUUGGACAACAACAACUUUCCCUACGACAACAAUGUGCUCGUUCUGGACAUGGUGCUGGGCUCCCUUUGGGGACUGGCCCAGCCAAUAGACUGGGAUAGUGUGGCAAAGCUUGUUCCAAGUUUCACUCCCAAAGAGUGCGCACUUCGCUUUGAGGAGCUGAAAAGUUCUGGAGGUCUUCCUCAUGUGGAUGACCAGUGCAAUGCCGUCACAAAAGAAAUGCCCACAGAUGGCGUGUUAACCGUACUGGAGAUUGCUCAAGCAGUGGGUACAGAAAGUAAUCACAGCGCUGCCUGUAAAGGUACAGGCCGCAAAUUAACACUCUCUGAGAGUGUUUGCACUUUAGAGAAGAAAGAUAAAGGAGCCUUGACUGAGGGGGUUGACAAACCUCAAAAGCUGAGAGAUCCCAACAUGAUCAUCCACGUGUGUGACGAGACCAAGAACCUGAAGCAGGAUUUCACAUGUCCCAGAGAUCUUCUUGUUAAAGAGAUGCGCUACUUUGCUGAAUAUUUGUCAGUGGACACGCAGAGAUGGGAAGAAGUGGACAUCUCUGUACACUGCGACGUUCAAAUCUUUGACUGGCUUAUGAACUAUGUCAGGCGGAACUCAUCCAAAGACAAACCUCGGCUCGAGCCCAGCAAUGUGAUCUCAAUCCUGAUCUCCUCCGAGUUCUUGAAGAUGGACACAUUGGUGGAGGAGUGUGUCCAGUACUGUCACAAACACAUGAGCGCCAUCGUGGCGACGCCCUGCAACAUGAACUGCAUCAACAGCAACUUGGUGUCACGCAUCGCCGAGCUGUUUAACCACAAUGAGGCAGACGACAUCAGGGACAAAAAAGAUAAGUUUAAGAGCAAAUUGUUCCAAAAGAAGAUUGAGCUUCUCUUCGACCCGAACUACAAGAACCGAGAUUCUCCAAGAAAUGCCACAACCCUUUACAGGUGCGGUCUGUGCUUGAAGAUGCUGACUGAAGGCACGCAACGGAAAAUUUCUUGUGUGCCAGGCAAUAUUAACAUUGACUCUCAUGGAGAGAUUGUGUAUACACACUCAAGGCAGAAGAACUGGGAUGCCAAUGAAUACAUUAGCGGAUUGUAUGAGGAGCUCAAAUCAUGGGUCCUGGUCUACUGGAGAAUCUGGGGGACUAUCAACUGUCUUAGCUGCUCCCGUUGCCAUCAGGAGUUUGUAUGUGCAGAGCUGACUCACUGCUGCUACCACCCAGAAAGUGUGACGUACCCCAACGCAGGGGUGGAUAAAAGCUGGAAUGGGACGGGAAUCUAUCCCUGUUGCAAACAGACGGUACUGCGCUUUGACCCCACUGGUAUGCCCAAGGGUUGCAGAAUGCGAGACCACAUCGUGAAUGUUCCGAAUGAGGAGGACUGCGAUGAGGCCACCUCGGCACAGACCAGAGUCCUCAAUGAUCUCUUGCUGCACAGAGACUCCGUGUGUGUGGUUGACUUAACACCCGCCGAUGUAGGCGAAGAGUGCCCAAGCAAUGUGGAGAAGGAGUGCAAUGUCCUCUUGGAGCCAAACCUGCUCAGAAUCCACAGAGGAGACUCGAGCACUCUUUCGCUUUUGAAAAACUGGACUCUGCAACUGAGGCAGCAGUCUCUCCUCUCAGAGGAUGAGGAGUGCACCACGGGGUCCGAGGUCACGGAAGAUGAGGUGGGAGAUGAAGAUGAGCUGUCCAAGAAGCAAGCUACCAAGAAGUCCAAGAACAACAGAGUUCUUAAAAAACAAACGUCCUCGCCAAACCUCCACCGAAAAGUCAAACCGGACAAAACACAGCCCAGAGACAACAGCCCUUUCGUUGUGAGUGUCCAGAAAAGUAAGUGGGACAGUUGUCGUUCCAUGCGGUACAACCAGGAUGCUCAGAGAGAAGAAGAUCAGCGCCGCAUGGCCGAGAUCAUUGACUACCUCACCAAGAUGCGCUUUGGAGACCUGGAGCAAAACAGAUCCAAGGACACAAAAGAGCCAGCAGGGGGAAUCUACUCCAGACUGGAGGCGCAAUUCAAGAGUGCCAAUCAAAGCAGACACACCUUUGACAAGACACCAAGACCGAAAAUACGCUACGCUCAGAUCCGGACAACCAUAGAGAAGUAAUCCCUGAGACUGUACAGUAACCUAAUAAUGUGCACCAGGCAUAUUUGCUUGCUCCGUGGCCAUUCAUCGACGCUGCCCCUUUUCCCUCCCACCUGCAUUUCACGUCGAGCGGCCAUUGAGCAGCCUCUUCUGCUAAACUCAGGUGACCGUCCAUGUAGGGCCUACACGUGCUGAUCUCCGCCUACACUGUAGGGGAUCAGCACGCUCUGCAAUUUAUUUAUGCAGCUGUGUUCAGUCUUUGAAAAAACAAGGAGCUCCCUAGGCUCAGUUCGGAGGAAGCGCCACCCCAACUGGUUGCACUUCUCAAGUGUUUCUGGACGAUAUUUAUUUUUGGACCACAGAUAAGUGGUUGCAGGGGAGGGGCUAUAAAAAAAAAUAUGAGAGCAUAUCAUAGCGUGCACUAAGAAAACAGUUUCCGUUUUGACCUGUGCUCCACAACGGCGCGAGAACUGAGGAUGAAGCAGGAGGGCGUAU